AUGCCGGAACUUACUGAGCUGGACAAGGCCACCGCCUCCAUGACAGAGAAGCGAAAGGAAGAAACUGCUUCAUCGGACAGUGAUUCCGAUGACACCAUCCCUGAACUGGAGGAUGCUGGGGCACCAGGCGCUGGUGGCAUUGCCAACCCCAUUGCCGGUAUCGACAUCGUUUCAAAAGCUAAGCAGUCGCGAGGAGAGAAAAAGGCGCGCAAGAUUAUGAGCAAACUGGGCCUGAAGCCUGUUCAAGGCGUAAACAGAGUCACGAUAAAAGGGGAAGUUUAA